CUUGUUUGCGUGCCUGAUGGGUGCCCUCCUUUUGGGGAUGGGUCAUCUACAGCAGCAGCCGUUUAGUUCGCUGUCAGAGCAUUCCGGACGUGGACGUUGUGUGCGCGGAAGACCUCAAAUCACCGGUUUUGAGCUGCCUUCUGUUGUGUUGGCCUGUUGGUUGACUACAUUGUUUUUUGUUUUGGGUGACAGUUUGCGGUCAUCGGCCAAGUGUUUUGACGAUAUCUUGGAGUACUGAGAGGAAGUCCCGACUGUGCUGGGCCAAGGGCGGAAAUAAUUUGCAGCGGUUGAGCUGCUGAAAAGCUUCACCACUUCAGCACCCUGCUGUGUGGUGGUGGUGUCCGCCCACCAAAGUGGUUCGAAGAAACUCGGGCAGGGCAAACAGAAAAUAAACCGUAUUUGGAAGCUUCCGACCAACGUAAGUCUUCGAGUCUUCGAGUGAUGCAGUUUUGAAUAAUUUAACCGGACGCGGACACGGAAGGGAGAUAAGCGUACAUUCAUUCUGGCAAGUGACGGUACUCAGGGGGGAAGUUUUGCGGGGUGUGCUCGGAUUUUACGUAUGUGUGGACUGCCUAACAAGAAAACCGAACGUGACGUUCGCUUGGUGAGACUGCUGCUGUCGGAUGCUGCGAUAGCCGUGUUAUACUGAUGGUGAGAAAAUUUAUGGAAAAAGCGUGCCACAACUUCUGCACUGCAGAUUAGAGUGCUACUCCGGGAGUCCCGAUUCUGAUUUUGUAGCUUCGUCAUAAGGAAAUAAGCCGGAAACAAAAAUAGCCCACUUGAUUAAUGGUGGUGCAAAUUCGCUCUAAUUACUAAUAAUCGCACCGAGGUCACAUCGUUACCAGUGUUGCAGAACCGCCUGCAGGUCAUAAAUCUCCAUCUUGGCUAUUAAUCAUAGUUUCACAGGACGAUCCUAUCCGGAAAGAAAGGACCGGAAUGAAAUAUAAAUUCGCUGAAAAUAUCAUCGCAGUAGUGCACAAAUAAAAACCAUAACACAAAACACAUUGUUUGCUUGCUGUUGCGUUCCCUUCUCUUCCCCCUUCCAUUCGGGGCGUGGUGGUGACCAAACUGAUCCGGUGUACCAGCGGAAACAACAAUCCUACAAAUUCGCAAAUAUUCCCCGAUUGCCGCGAAGCUCCCCUCCCGCUCAUCGGCGGAACAGUAGACAGUGAAAGAGGAUUAUAGAUUUUUUUUUUGUUGUUGUUGCCGUGGAGAAUACUCCACUAGCUUGGCUCGAGCUACGAAACAGUGAAAGAACUGUGAUGCGGGCUUAAAUCCUUAGCGGAAAAUUGUAUCGAUAUAGCAAAUAAAUUCGAUCAAUGCGUCGAGCUUCUAUCCUCGGAACACGGGUGGUAUAAUCGCGGAUUGCGUGCCUGUUGGUGGUGCUGAAGGUGGUGUUCGGUAGUGGAAUCGCGGUUCGGUGAAACCAUUUUCACACCAACCAGCAGUUUGUCGGGCGUUGUUGUUGUGACGUGGUGCUGCGGUGGUGAUUAUGUGCCGGUGGUGCCGGGAAUGCAUCAUUCGCAUGCUGUCCCACUCGAUAGUGUCAUCCAUCAAAUGAAAAGUGCACCAUCAAUUCGCGGCUUUGUGUCCAGUCUGUGAAGUGUGCUACCGACACAGCUGACUACUACUCCUCUACGACAGUACAGUUCCCGGGGGUGGGCGGUUCUGUUGAUGACCACCACCACCACCGGUGCUGGGAACGUCAAUCCGACACUGACAGGUGUGCUUUGAUGCUGACGGGGAAUUCGAUCGGUCGGCAAAUAGGCAGAAAUAAAACAUAAACUAACCAAACGGAUCCAGUGUUUUAUUUUCCGUGUCGCCUAGGUCAAAUUUUGUUAUCAUUGACGCGCUGAAGCAGUGGGGGGGAUUAAACAUUUUAAUUCUUGAUCGACAAAGUGUAAAUACUGAUAAAAGCGUGGAUUGUGCGACGAAACAGUUAUUUCGGAUUUUGAUCCCGGAUUUGAGUCGGAAAAUUGUCCCAACGAUUUGAAAGCUAGUCACAGCGGAAAGCCAGUGGAAGUCUUUGCGAGCUGUGCCCAAGCAGGAAUAAAAAAAAGACCCAACUACUCGCCUCCUACCAAACCGAACCGAAGAUGCAUUCCACACAGGCGACAACGGCGGCCUACCAGAGUGUGGCGCUGGUGUUGCUACUGCUGCUGUGCAUUGCCACGUGUCCUACCGAGAGCCGAUUCCGUGAGAAGGAUAGCAAAAAGACGAAAGCAGCCGCACAGAAUCUCAUCCCGGGUGGCCACAUCGGGACUCCCCUGAUGAAUCUCUGCUCGGGGGAUCGCGAAAUGAAACUGGUCUGCCACUGCAGUCCGGACGAUCCGCAUGUCAAGGCACAGAAGGCGAACUGUUGGAUCUUCGGGAAGGAUCUACCCCGGAAGGAUCCGAACUGGUUAGCUUUUCAGACGCAAACCACGCUGGAGCAGUUGAAGAUAACCGUGCAGAAAAUUGGAAACCUCACCUACAUCCCCUCGGAUGUGAUAGUGACACUGAAGUAUCUCAAACAGCUGACCAUUGAAUACGGAAUGAUACCGGAUCUGCUCAACUAUGCAUUCGGUAAUCUGACCGAUCUGAGAAACAUUACAUUACACAAAAAUCAGAUUCGAAUCGUACAUCCGUUUGCGUUUGCCAAUCAUCCCUACUUGGAAGAGAUCAGCCUCGAGCGGAACGAGAUUAUUGAACUGGACAAAGAAGCACUGGUGCGGUUGCCGCAGCUCAAGAGACUAAAUUUAGAUUUCAACAACCUGACAAUGCUCCACGAUGACGUGUUUGUCGAUCUGACUAGCUUGGAAGAGCUGAAACUCGAGUCGAAUCAACUCUCUGUGCUAACACGGGAAAUUUUCAAAGGCUUAGGAAAUCUGCGCUUUCUCAAGCUAACGGCAAACAGCAUCAGCUACAUUGGCGAUACGGUUUUUGCCGAACUGUGGAGCCUCCAGGAACUGGAUCUGGACAGUAAUCACAUUGAGAAACUAUCGGCACGCUCCUUCGAUGGCUUGAACAACCUGCGGCGACUGAAUCUCGAGAACAAUCGACUCACCAGACUGGAGCGGGGAAUCUUCACCGGAGUGCCGGCAGUGCUGUCGCUUAAUCUCAACUCCAAUCAGCUGGAAACAAUCACCUACAACAACUUUCUACCACUGAUGGAUAACUUGGUCAACAGCACCGCCGUCCUACAUCUGAAAGAGAACAAACUAAUCUGCGACUGUCGCCUGCUCUGGCUAUUUGACCUGAAGAACACAACCAAAAACGACGAACUUCGGUACACGCUGCAGCAAAUCGAAUGCCUGUACGAAUUCAAAGAUAAGCGUGGUCCCGUCCCGAGUAGUAUUCAGAACCAGUUGAACGACUAUUCCCGCCCGCACGACAUCCUUGGCUACGACGACAGUACCGAUUACGAUGACCCACAGCGACAUGGAUUCGGAAUACCGCCGGUGCACCGGACCAACCAACGGAUCCCGCAGACACCGAUUAGCUCCGACAGCUACAACCGUGCUGGUGCCGAGCCGGCCGGUGUUAAAACAUCUCAACCGGCAAGCGACGGAAAGCAGGUGCUGACUCUGAUGAAACUGCGGAAGGAGGACUUCCUUCCUUGUGCCAAGGAACUGGACGAACCGACUGAGCUGCCCCUGUCGCGAGAAUCGAUCGGGAUCGAUAUGGGCUGGCGGUCAUCGGCCAGUGCUACCUCGACCGGAUCCGGUGCUGAACUGCGGAGUAUCCCCAGCGGAUGUGCAUUGCUGUCGGCUCUGUUGGCCGUCUUGAUGUCGGUCGUGUGUUAGCUUCAAGCUUCCUAGGCAGGCGGGCUUUUAGUGAAGUAGAUAAAAUGACUUUUUUACAUUUCAUAUUUAAGAACAAAUCAAACUUACGCGUCACUUGAUGUGAAUCCAGAGAACGACUGUUGGUAUCCUAGGUGUGUAAGCGCGCGCGCGAGAGCUCGGAACUGUUACCAGCUUCAACGGGAAGCUAACCGAUUCUGUUUCAUUUGGUAUCUCUGGUUCAAACAGGUUUUCUGUUAAUUUCGUUAUGCAUUGUAUCAAAACUAAACCAAGAUUUCAUUUCUUAUGUCAUAUUAGAUGAAGCGUUGGAUACUAUCAAAGAUUUGAUAGGCUGUAACUGAACUUAAACCAUUAAUGGUACAAUUCGUCUGGCUAAUGAAAAAUGACUGCCACUCGUUACGAUAUAUUACCGCCAAAUUAACAUCAAAUGUAUGGUUUCAGCAUUAUCAAGUGCAGCAAGUAAGGGGCAUGCAACGCCCCUAAAUUAAUUAACAUGAUUUUUCAACGGAUGAAAUAGCAUUAUUUCCUUCAAAAAUAGCAAACCUAAUGUAUUGACCCGCAAAAAACUUUGUGAAAAAGGUAAUAUGUUGCAUCAGAGUUAUUUCUAAUGUUGAGUUAUUUUUGCAGAAAUGGAGAGUCAUAUUUUGAUAGUCAAAACACCCAAACCUUCAUUUAUGAAUACUUUUUUUGCGUUACCUCUUUUUACGUAACUCUUUUUGCGAAGCCAAAUCCCAGAUAACGUAAACAUUCUACGAACCUGACAGCUCGGCUGAAAAGUUCGUAUCGUUUAAUAGAAACACACAUUUUUUUGCCAAAAUUCGUUUUUAUUAUUCAACAUAAUUGCCAUCAGAGGCGAGAGAGCGAUUAUAGCGAUCUUCCAACUUUUCGAUACUAUUUUUGUCAUUUGCCUCAAAAUAGGCCUCAGUUUCAGCGAUUACCUUUUCAUUGCUUCUAAUUUUUUUACCAGCGAGCAUUCUCUUGAGGUCUGAGAACAGGAAAAAGUCACUGGGGGCCAAAUCUGGAGAACACGGUGGAUGAGGGAGCAAUUCGAAGCCCAAUUCGUUCAAUUUCAGCAUGGUUUUCAUCGACUUGUGACACGGUGCAUUGUCUUGAUGAAACAAAACUUUUUUCUUCUUCAAAUGAGGCCGUUUUUUUUUAAAUUUCGUCCUUCAAACGCUCUAAUAACGCUAUAUAAUAGUCACUGUUGAUGGUUUUUCCCGCUUUUCCCGUCUUUUCACGCUUUGGGUUCGGUUCAUCGCGUGCAGUCCACUCAGCUGACUGUCGAUUGGACUCCGGAGUGAAGUGAUGGAGCCAUGUUUCGUCCAUUGUUAUAUAUCGACGAAAAAAAAUCGGUUUUAUUUCGAUAUAACAGCUCCAAACACUGCUCAGAAUCAUCAAUUCGUUGUUGUUUUUGAUCGAUUGUGAGCUCACGCGGCACCCAUUUUGCACAAAGCUUUCUCAUAUCCAAAUAUUCAUGAAUAAUAUGUCCAACACGUUCCUUUGAUAUCUUUAGGGUGUCAGCUAUGUCGAUCAACUUCACUUUACGGUCAUUGAAAAUCAUUUUGUGGAUUUUUUUCACGUUUUGAUCGGUAACAGCCUCUUUUGGACGUCCAUUGCGUUCAUCGUCUUCGGUGCUCAUAUGUCAGUACGAAAUUUUGCAAACCACUUACGAAUUGUUGCUUCGCCCGGUGCAGAGUCUUUAUAACACUCAUCAAGCCAUUUUUUGGUUCCAAAAACCAAGAUGGCGACUUCCGGUUUAUUGAUAUUCUUUUGAAACCCUAACAAUAUUGGUAUUUUUGGAACGGAUUUGAAGAACAGGUGCCAGAAAACUAUAUUUAGAGUCGUUCCAAAAACCAAGAUGGCGACUUCCGGUUUAUUGAUAUUCUUUUGAAACUCUAACAAUAUUGGUAUUUUUGGAACGGAUUUGAAGAACAGGUGCCAGAAAACUAUAUUUAGAGUCGUUCCAAAAAGCAAGAUGGCGACUUCCGGUUUAUUGAUAUUCUUUCGAAACCCUAACAAUAUUGGUAUUUUCGGAACGGAUUUGAAGAACAGGUGCCAGAAAACUAUAUUUAGAGUCGUUCCAAAAACCAAGAUGGCGACUUCCGGUUUAUUGAUAUUCUUUUGAAACUCUAACAAUAUUGGUAUUUUUGGAACGGAUUUGAAGAACAGGUGCCAGAAAACUAUAUUUAGAGUCGUUCCAAAAAGCAAGAUGGCGACUUCCGGUUUAUUGAUAUUCUUUCGAAACCCUAACAAUAUUGGUAUUUUCGGAACGGAUUUGAAGAACAGGUGCCGGAAAACUGUUUAGAGUCUUUACAAAAACCAAGAUGGCGACUUCCGGUUUACUGAUAUUCUUUUGAAACUCUAACAAUAUUGGUAUUUUUGGAACGGAUUUGAAGAACAGGUGCCAGAAAACUAUGUUUAGAGUCGUUACAAAAACCAAGAUGGCGACUUCCGGUUUACUGAUAUUCUUUUGAAACUCUAACAAUAUUGGUAUUUUUGGAACGGAUUUGAAGAACAGGUGCCGGAAAACUGUUUAGAGUCGUUCCAAAAACCAAGAUGGCGACUUCCGGUUUAUUGAUAUUCUUUUGAAACCCUAUUUUUCAUUUGUUUCAGUCCAUUGUAUUUCUGGAAGUAGUACCUUUCCAAUGGUGAACAAAUUUCGAAGAUCGGUUGACUAACAACAAAGUUAUGACUCGGUAAAGUUGAAAUUUUCAGCUGUACGCCUCAACAAGACUAAAACAAGAUGUUAGAAUAAUAACUUUUUUUUUCGAUUUAGCAGUUAAAAUUUCCCAAGUAAUUUCUUCUGGCAUUUCAACAAAAACGGGUUUAUUUCCUAGCGACAAAAUGUAUCUCGAAUUCGUCUGUUUAGAAGUAUUUAUAUUUAGCGAUUUGCAUUAUUAUUUUUAGAUAACCAAAUUCGGAGCAAUUUGAUAACAGAGAGUGUUGCAAAUACGAUGAAAAAGGAUUUAAUUUUUUUUCUUUGUUAGUCAAAAAAUUAUGCUAGGCAAGACAUCAAAAAUCUGGUCGCCAGUGACUUUUUUUUUGCAAUAAAUAAAUUUUUCAUAUGUAAUUUUACAACUCGUUUGAACCAAGAUACCAUAAUUUCAUUUGUUAGUACUCUGCUGAUUUAAACUCAACACUAAAAACUGUACAAUGACAGUUUUCAUUCACUUAAACUAUAUACAAAUUCGAAUUUAGCAAAAAUUAAAAAAAAACAAGCGCAAACAGUUCCCAAUGAUGAUACGUAGUUUAGAUAAAUCUAAAAAAUGUACAUAUGAAUUUUGAUGUGACAAAAUCAUGUCUAUAAAAAAUAUAACAUAAAAAAUCUGUAAAUGAUAAAUGUGCCCAGUCAGAGAAGAAAAAAAAAGCUCGUUUCGUUAUAAAAUUCGUUUUUCUCUUCUGCCAAGUCAUAACCGUUAUGGAAAGUUUGAAAAGGUAGUAAAGCGAUCAUCGCCCUAUCACCGUUUGCGAUUUGCUAGAGCUAUUCGGGACAACCGAGUGAAGAUUGUGCCAACCCAUUCUCCGAAUUCGGAACUAAUUCCAUAAACUUGAAACUAUUGUUAAACUGAAAACAAGAAAGUGAAUGAAGAGAUAAAAAAAAGUUCCCGCGAUAGCCUCCAGCAAUCGGGAUGCGAACGAACUGACUCACAGCCGAGAAAAAAAAAGAAAACGUUCCAGCCAAAUCAGCUGAAUGAAUGGGAUCCUAAAUUCAGCCUCCCGCAGAAUGUAAGAAAUAAAAAAAAACCCCGAAGCAUCACUAACCGAAUUUUUCACCGAAAGUCCGGAUGCUGUCCGGCGGCGGUGCCGGUGGCGGCAGGACACGCCAUUCACACGCUGCUGGGAAGUUUCGGCUUUGCUUUCACCGCCCCAUCUAAAAGCGACCUUUAUUGCAUCGGAAAACGGUACCUAGUUCUUGCACAAAUCUUCUUCCGGGCGAUUAUCCGCCUAAAGCCAUAUUGGGCAAACUCGGUCCGAAUGCGGUCGGUAGUAGAAUCCGGCCAAGUGAAGCAAAGGGAACUGAAAUUAAAAUAAAAUACCGAAAAGUACCAAUAAAAUAUACUACUUUAGUGCACUUUCUCCGAGUAGCCGGGAACCGGUGAAGGGCACCGCACAAUUGUGGUCGGUUUUCUAUUCGCUUCCAAGGGUGACUGGAUGCUGCCACCCACUCACUCUGAUAGUCACACUGACUGGAAGCUAGAGCUCGUCGUAGCUCGCCCUCCGACAGAUGGAAUAUUGGGCGAAGAGAAGGGCGGACAGUGCGGAAGAAACCGGAGGCGAAUGGUAAAGUGUUCUUUUGAAUAUAAUGGGAUUUCGAGCACUUUCCGAAGAUUGGGUGCUGGAUGUCAAUACAUUUACCUGGGAGACGACAGGAAUAAGUGGACCCCAGUUUCCCUCCCGGUGAAGAUAUUUUAGUUCGGGCCUUGCUAGUGAAACCGUUCCAGCUGUCAAAACCUCGACCGGUAACCGAGCACAGUUUCUGGAUCGGAAGACGGAAAGCUUGCGGUAGUGGGUGAGAAAGUUCAAUUCAUGCCAGUGGGGAUUAUGGCAUUAUACGACACUUGGUGAUGUCAUUUCUUAAUCGUAUCAAAUUUUGAGGAACGUUCCUUGCUCGAAUCGGUAGUGAAAACGUUCGCCUGGUUUUACGGAGCCAUUCUUCGUCACAUGGCAAGAAGCAAUGCGUGACCUGGUGGUAAACGUCAUUGAAUGGGAUUAAUUCCAUGUGAUCCGUUGAGUAAUGGUAUUAAGCCAACGCAGUAUAGAAAAUAUCCCGGCGUGUGAAUGCGUAAUCGAUUGUAGUGCGAACCGCUUGAACCGAGUGGUAAACGAUGAUUGACGCAGUGGGAUUUGAGGAAUAAAUUAAUCAAUGAAUUUCAAUUUGAAGAAACUAAAGAACUAAAGAACUAAAGAACUAAAGAACUAAAGAACUAAAGAACUAAAGAACUAAAGAACUAAAGAACUAAAGAACUAAAGAACUAAAGAACUAAAGAACUAAAGAACUAAAGAACUAAAGAA